AUGGGCGCUCAGCCUGCGAAGCCCUCAAAGAAGAGCCGAGUUGAGGAGGAUAGAACACACAAGGAAGACACUUUUGCGGAGGCCACAAGCAAGAAAGGGAGCAUUGAUGCGAUGACAACUAUUGAAGACUGGGAUCUUAACGAUCUUUGGGAUUUAAAUGAUCACCGCUCAGUGGUUCCAGAGCACCAUGACAAAUCGAAAUUUGCAUCAAAAUCUUCGCGUCACGGAAAACGAUGA